GCGUCCCAUGGUGUGCUCAAGUUGCCGCCGGUGGCGUUAAUACUGACUCCUACCGCCCACCAUCCGUAAGGCACACAAGUUACAAAACAGACAUUUCGCCCUCACGUGUACAGCUGCGUUAUGCAAACACCGAGCUCCGGCUGAAACACGGCUCUCACCGCUGAACAUCACGGUAAGAAGCGCGAUUUAACGUCACUGAAGCAGGCGUGCGACUGCUGUCGAGUAGGGGGCGAAGAGGAAGAAGAUGAAGAGCAAACCUUCGAAGUCUGACGCACCUAAAUCUAAAGCGAAAGGCAAAACAGUCAAAAGCAGCGCGGAGAGCGCGAGCACGGCCAAAAAAGUGCAAAACAAGGAAAACGGAGAGACGUCCAAGUCAGGGCCUCCUCUGAAGUCUGCAGGAGUCCACAAAAGAGCUGGACAUGGGAGCAUCCUGCACUACAUAUACAGGAACAGCCUGGGACAAAGUCUCCACUCACAGAUGAGACAGUGUUUUCAGGAGCCCUUUGUUCGCUCUCUGUUGUCACACUUUGUUUUCCGCGAUGCCACCAGCCCCUUCGACCGCAGGAUCACCUGCAUGGAGUGGCAUCCCACUCAUCCCACCACUCUGGCCGUGGGCUCCAAGGGCGGAGACAUUUAUCUGUGGGACUUCAAAGCCAUCGAGAAGAAAAGCUUCAUUCAAGGGAACGGAGCAGGAGACUCCAUCGGGGGGAUGCGGUUCUGCCCCAUGGACCACUCCAAAGUCUAUGCGGCGUCUGGCGAGGGCACGCUGACCGUGCACAGCUUUGAGGCCCACAGUUCCACCACGCUGUCCCGAACCCAAGACUGCGGUCACGAUCACCACCACAUCUGUAAUUGGUUCUGCUGCGUCGACGUGUCCGUGAGCCGUCAGAUGCUCGCGACAGGAGACAACAUGGGGCAGCUCUCACUUCUGGGUUUGGACGGUCAGAAGAUUUUCAGCGACAAGCUGCACAAAGCCAAGGUGACGCAUGCGGAGUUCAACUCGCGCUGCGACUGGCUGCUGGCGACUGCCUCUGUUGACCACACGGUCAAGCUCUGGGACCUGAGGAGCAUCAGAGACAAGAAGAGCUUCCUCCACGAGCUGCCUCACGACAAGGCUGUCAACUCGGCCUACUUCAACCCGUUGGACUGCUCCAAGCUGCUCACCACAGACCAGUAUGACCAGAUCCGUGUCUACUCGUCCUCUGAUUGGUCGAAGCCUCAGCAUAUCAUCCAGCACCCACACAGGCAGUUUCAGCACCUCACACCUAUAAAGGCCACAUGGCAUCCUGUGUAUGACCUUGUUGUGGCCGGUCGCUACCCUGAUGAGCGCGUCUGCCCUGGAGAUCAGAGGACCAUUGACAUCUAUGAUGCCAACACAGCAGAGCUUGUGUGUCAGCUGUACGAUCCCGCCGUGGCAGGAAUCAAAUCGAUUAACAAAUUCAGUCCAAUGGGUGAUGUGAUUGGAUCCGGCAUGGGUGUAUCGGUCCUAGUGUGGGACAAAGACAAAGCACUGAUCAUUGAUGAGGACAAAGCGGAGGCGACCACGACCUCCACCUCAGUGGACAGCAUUAGAGGACAGAGGAGGGGUCAGCAGCGCCCCAGCAGCAACAGGAGGGGCGCUGCUGCGGACGCGAAGCUCAAGAAGAAACUGACUUCUCUGGAAGAACCCGACGCUAAGACCAAGAAGGGGUGCACAAAACUAAAGCAGGCACAGAUGAAAAAGAAGUGACGAGAGAGGCUCCAGGUCACUGUGUAUAUAUUUCUUUGUUUACUGAUUGUUUUGUGUCUCUACUUCAGGGAUUGCUUGUUUCACGAUAUACUUUUACAAAGUGGUUUAAGAUGAGGACUUUUGCAAAUCGCGCACUCGCUUUUUUACAGUUUGACAAUAAAGAUGUUCAAGUUCA